AUGAUGAAUAACAAUGAACUUCUUGAAUACUUUGUAGAGAAGGAGUUGGAAGGAUCAUUCUCUGCAUCGACAUUGUUUAGGAAUGACUCGGCUUCGACAGAUUUGAUCAACUUAUUCAUGGAGAACACAGAGAUUAGACAAUACUUUGCAAGGGUGGUCAAUGGAGUCAUUGCCAGAUGUAAGGCCAGUGCGUUGGACACACUGGACCCGCAAGAAGUUGCCCGAGACACACUAAACACAAUCUGUCUAUGUCAUCGCGGCAAGGACGCGGCACCCCUACCCGGAGUGAUCACCACCAUCGCCAGCACACUACGUCGCAUCGUCUCCAAGAAGUACCCCGAUCACUGGCCGAUCGCUGUGGGAGGCUUCUUCUUUCUGCGCGGACUCUUCCCCGCGGUCGUCUCGCCCAAGAAGGUGGGCAUCAAGUUGAAGGACAGCAGUAGCUGUGACGCCAACACCAAGAGGCAACUGGUCAAAGUGACCAAAGCCAUGAUGGAGAUUGUAAAUACACAGAUAACAAACAACAACAUCGAGGAGGACUCCAUCGUUCGCUUCCUCGACGAUAUAUCAAGCAGUCAAGCAACAAUAGUUGAUGUAGCAGGUGCCGAUAGUAAUGGUAGUAAUGUCAGUAGUGUCAGCAGUGGUAGUAGUAUCAACAUUGGAUCAUCAUCCAGCAGUAGCAGUAGUAGCAGUAUCAGCAAUAGUAGUAGUAGCAGUAGUAAUAGGUUAAAGAUACAUAGUGGAUGUAAACAUAUAUCAACAAUACAUUUGAAACAAUAUGUUUGUGAUGCCAGUGAUGAUGAUGACCUUGCUGUACUGGACAAGAUCAAAGAGACCUUAUACACUGCAGAGAAGAAGCCAUCAAUCUUUCAUACAAUAAACAAACUACUACAUGGCUGA